AUGAGUAUUGGCAAAACAGUCACAAGAGAGCCGCAACCGCAGGAACAAUGUGGACUCGGUAAACCUCCGAAGCGCGGAUGGAUCACCGAAUCUCGCAUGCAGGUUACGGACCCAAUCCCAAGUGCCGCAGCUAGUGGUCAUACACCUGCAUUGGGCAACGCUCGCCGUGAAAAGGGAGAGCGAAGCCGAUCGGCUCGUCGCAUUCGUAGCGAGUGCCGUCACCCGCCAGGGUCCGGCCGGCGAGAAGGCAUAGCGCGUCUUACUAAGUUACGCCGUGUAUUACGCCGUCGUCACUAUCCCCGUUCGCGCCGUGUUCUCAGAGGCCGCGAUGGUCCUUUUGGUCAACUCUUGGCCUACGUUGGGGCCUUGGCAUCGCAUGCUGCCGUCUUGGCUGCUGUUGCUUAA